UCAGUUGGAACAGUCAGCACCUACAGUCCAUUAUGGAAAAAGGCUAUGGUGACAUCAGAAUAUCUAAAAGAGUUUUUUCAAAUGCUUUACAUGCUACUGUCAAUUUUUAUAGUUUGGCAUCAACAACCUGCAAACUAGUAGUCAAUGGAGGAAACGAUAGACUUUGUGAGCAGGUUCAUGAGUCAUAGAUUAUCAAUACCUGGCUGAAGUGACAUGGUAAAGAACAAGAUGUCAGCUAAUUUUCGUCGGUGGAACGCGACAGCGAGAAAGGAGAGUUGAGAUCUGAAUAUAAUUGAAACCAAUUUGGUAAGAAGACUGAGCCUGGAGACGGGACCGAUCAAUAUACUAUCGUCAAUAUUGAUUUUCUUUAUAGAGCUAAUGCAUCUCUUUCUGUACUCACGAUCUUCCUGGGAAUUGCAAGCGGUUACAAGGACUCAAUCUUCUAAGGGGAAAAACAACCACUAAUUUUUGAAAGGCAAAUGUAGAAAUGAGAGAGAGAAAAGGGUAAAGCCUUUCUCAGAGGAGUCCCAGAGAAACUUGUGUCUGAAGGCUAUAUCCCACCCCAUUCCAUUUGCCAGCCACAGGAAUCAUCAUUAGUCUUUGCCUUGAUUUGCUUGGAAGCAGCACCAUCACUUUUCAGGUCAUCUUUAAGCUAAACAAUCUCCACUACUCUGCAUUUGCGUAUUCGCGCAAUAAAUUUUUAUAUUUCCUCUGGUCUUCAAGAAAUUCACCGUGCACAAAUCAAUCUGAACGCUGGAAAGUGAGAAAAUACUUCACUUUUUCUUCAGGAAAAAAGAACAGCAAGCAUGUGUUCUAAAUCAAAAGCUUCAGCCAUGGAGAUGCUUGCGGGUUACUCAUUUCUUUUGAUGAGCUAGUGUACUGUAUAUUGCUUUCCCUUGCAGGCUAACGUUUUGCUUGGUCAUGAUGGCGUCCUGUUCUUGACCUUUCCCGUGGCAAGUGAAGUACGGGACAAUGGUGAUGUGUACCCCCUCUUUGAUUACUCUAGAAUUGUUGCAACUUUCUGCAAUAUUGGUUGCAACAACUCCUCAGGUUAUUGCGUCAUUCUUUGUAAUAAAAUGUAGCACGAAUCAAAGAUCUGGCUGGUGGCAAGUGCAAGGAAACGACCAUGGCGCAAAGAAACAUCCAUUCCGGCCAUGGCAUCGAAAAAAACUGUAUCCUAUACCCUGAUUCCGGAAAAGAUUUGAAUAGUCACCUAACCAGUCAUUUUCGGUACGUAUGCGUGAGGGAGUGUGCUCGGACUGCGAAGCUGAAACUUGAAUUAGUCCGGAAGAUUUCGAACUCCGAUAUGCUCAGGUUCAGCUUCAGGUAAAUAUGAUUUGCCACCUGAUUUGGUAGACUGGAACUGAACGUGUCACAUUUCUGAUCUGACCCCUACCUGUUUGUUCAGUGUUUUGUGAGCUUUAGUGCCAGCAGCUUCCAUCUAUGACCCACCCCAGUCCAGGGAAGAUUCAAGUUUAGUUUCGUGUCCCAUCCAAUAGUUUCUCGGAAAGAGCCUCAUGUAACAAUCCAAUUAAUCGUCCUCAACCUCGUGACUACUGAAGAUGGCAGAACUUUACCGUCUCUACGUAAGUGUCUGGACUGUGGAGCAAGUGUACAAACGUACAGUAGUAUGUCACGUGCGGGUCAUGAGACGGGUGUGUAGAACAGUAUGUACGCGGCGCGUGCGCUGGGCGUACAAACUCGGCUGUAGAGCGAGACAUAAAAAUGGGGAAAUAUAAAGUGGUGCUGAUGGCUAGAUGAAUACCUGGGAGGUGGUUGUUUCCUUGUCCUCGUACGAUUAGACUAGUAAUCUAGGCCAUCAUCGCUGCUUGGCGUGGCCGUUAAGUGCAAGCGUGCAACUGCUUCGUGCUUCUUCUUCCACCUCGCGGCGGGACAUCAACACGAGAAGCUCGAUGGCCAUGUGAAGUGAAGCGAACAAGUCGCCUCUGCUUCCAUUUCACUUCAAGCCGCCGUCGUGAUACUUUUCCCCCUUUUUGGUUCUGUCGUGAGCGUCUGCCGAGUCUUGUAUGCUCGGUUGAGGAGAAGAGACAUGUCGACGGUGAAGCUGCUCGGGAUCUCUCUCCUCCGCAUGCUUCUCGUCGCGGCUUCUGCAUCCGUUUCAGAUGACGUGUCUGCGCUUCUUGCGUUCAAGAGAGCCAUCUACGAGGACCCUCUGUCCAAGCUGUCGGACUGGAAUUCCAAGGACAAGGAUCCCUGCACCUGGUCCGGCGUGGGGUGCUCGGCGUUCAACAGCCGCGUUGUUACUCUAGAAUUGUCGAAUUCAUCUCUCCAAGGAUUCUUGGCACCAGAGAUCGGAUCCCUGAGAUCCUUGCAGAAACUCAUGUUGGAUCACAAUACAUUCAUGGGCUCAAUACCGAAAGAAAUCGGCAUGCUAAAGAACCUGACCGAGCUGGAUCUUGGCACCAAUCAGCUUGCGGGGCCCAUUCCUAGUGAGAUUGGUGACAUGCCAAAGAUCACAAAAAUAGACCUUCACGGAAAUCGGUUGAAAGGUGCUAUCCCUCCUGAGCUUGGCAAGUUGGCAAGCCUUGUCGAGCUACGGUUGAGCAAUAACAGCCUUACAGGGAUUAUUCCAAGUAACGAUUCGAGCAUGGAGUUCGCCAACAGCACUGAUCAAAUUGGAUUGUGUCAAUUAUCUCAGCUAACCGAUAUUGACCUCUCAUAUAACUUUUUGGCUGGAGAUAUUCCUAUGUGCUUAAAGCAAAUCCAAAGAUCAAGCUUGGUAGGGAAUUGCUUCCAGAACAAUGGCACAGUAAACCGUCCUGUCCAGGAAUGUCAAAGUAGCCAGGAUGCAGGCGAAGACAACCAUGGUGGGAAUGAGCAGAAAGGCUUGUUAGAACCACUUUGGCUUCUCAUUCUGGGAGUCGUCGCAGCGGUUUCACUGCUUUGUUUGUUAACACUUUGUACCAUCACUGGUCUUAAAAGAUGCAGAGCUAGAUCCUCUAGGUCCGGGAACAACGUCCCAUGGACAAGAGCUGUAAGCUGGAAGGAAAACACUGUAAUAUCAAUCGAUGAUGACCUCCUGGGAAAUGUGCCGAAGAUAAGCCGGCAGGAGCUUGCAGAAGCUUGCGAAGACUUCAGCAACAUAAUUGGAUCUUCUCAUGAGACAGUUGUGUACAAGGGAACUUUGAAGGAUGGCCAGGAAAUCGCUGUUGUGUCACUGUCCGUUUCAGUGCAUUACUGGAAUAACCACGUAGAGCUUUACUUUCAAAAGGAGGUGAUAGAAAUGGCCAGAUUGGGUCAUGAAAAUGCUGCAAAGAUGGUGGGAUACUGCAAGGAAUCUGAUCCGUUCUCAAGAAUGCUGGCCUUUCAGUACCCACCGAAUGGGACACUUUAUGAGCAUAUUCACGAUGGAGAAGGAUGUCAGCUAACUUGGCCCAGACGGAUGAAACUAGCACUCAGCAUUGCGCGAGUUCUCAGAUACUUACACACGGAGCUGCAACCUCCAUUCGCUGUCGCUGCAUUGACGUCCAGUUCAGUUUACCUUACCGAAGAUUUCUCGCCAAAGAUACUUGAUUUCGAGAGGUGGAGAUAUCUUGUGACCAAACCAGGACUUGGCUCCGGUUGCCCAGUAAACGGCGGAUCUGUCAACAACAUUACGGAUUCUCGGCACAAGCAUUUCAUGGACGUCCAGGCCAACACAUUCGCAUUCGGAGUGAUCCUGCUGGAGCUGAUCAGCAGUAGAGCCGCAGUUUCCAAAGAUACAGGGGACUUGGUAGACUGGGCAAGGAAGCACUUGGACCAGCCCAAGGAGUUCAGCAAGCUGGUCGACCCGAACCAACAGAGCAUGAACCAGGAGAGCCUGGGCAUCGUCUGCAACGUGGUGAACCUGUGCAUCGAUCCCGAGCCGUCACGGCGGCCCUCCAUGAGCAUGAUCGCGGCCAUCCUGGAGGAAGGCAUCGAGGCGUCGACUGCUACCUUGUUCAGGGAUUCUUCUCUGGCCUGGGCCGAGGCUGAGCUGGCCAUCUCCUAGAUGCCCUUUGUUUGCCCUUCGCUGCCAUGCUGCAGUUGCAAGAACAGUUCUUUCCAAUCCAUUGUUAUUCCGUUUGGCAUUGUAAUGGUAUUUUCUUGAGAGAAAGAAUGACACCCAAAUCUGAAUCGAAAGGGACUCGAACUUGGAUUUGA